GGCGAUGUGGGAGUGGUUUUAGGGGCCUUGUUGGUGCAAUGAUGAGGAAGGGCUUCUCCCUUUUGUUGCCCUUGCUGCUUCUGCUCUUUUCGCAGACGACCAUAGGAGAUGAAGCUGGGGAGGCUGUCAAGUACUACAUUGUGAUCGAUGCAGGAAGCAGCGGUUGCCGUAUCCACAUCUACCGAUACUUUUUUGCCCGAGGAGAGUUACUUCCUACCAUCUCUCUCCCCGACAAGAAGCUCAAGAAAAGCCCUGGCUUGUCCUCCUUCGCCUCCAACCCCAGCGAUGCUGGAGCGUCCUUGGCCGGACUGAUCGCGUUCGCGAUGGAGAAUGUCCCGAAAAACUUUCACGCCACUACCCCAGUACGCCUGGCCGCCACUGCAGGGCUGAGAAUGGUGCCUACCGAGACAGCUAAGCUGAUCCUUGACAGCUGCUACGAUUACAUGUCGAAGAACUCGCCGUUUCUGAUCAAGCGCGAGAAGAUUUCAAUCAUAUCUGGACAGGACGAGGGAGCGUUCGGGUGGCUAAGCCUGAACUUCCUGCUCAAACGGCUUGAAGGAAUGGUGGACGCUUCGCUGGGAACGGUGGGCACCAUCGAGAUGGGGGGAGCUUCGGCUCAAGUGACUGUGCAAAUCGGACGGGAGGUGGCUAGCGAGGAGGACAGCUAUCCUACGACAUAUCAGCUGCACUUGGACGGUCAGACCUACAAGCUCUACGUGCACUCGUACCUUGGGUUCGGUCAGGAGCAAGCGAGACAUAAGUACAACGAGAUGGUGACCGACGAGCAAGACCCCUGCUUUCCCGCCGGAUACGUGAAAGACGCGACCAUCAAGAGCGACGAGUACGCGGGGAGGUCAGGCGGCCCUGUGGUUGGGACGGGGAAUUUCUCUCAUUGCAAGAGGAACGUUGAUCGUCUUUUCAAAUCCGACAAGAUGUGCAGCACUCCUCCUUGCUCGUUCGCGGGGGUCCAUCAGCCUCGGUUCUGGGAGAGCAAGCAAUCCAAGGGCAUCGUGCUGUUCGAGAACUUCUUCCACAGCUCUCGAGCUCUGAGCAUGCCCAACAUGGAGACCGGAGUGACGGUAGACUCCUUCCUAGUCGAGGGGUCCAAGUUCUGCUCCCUGAGGUGGGAAUCGAUCAAGAAGCGGGCGGAGAACGGGCUGUACCCGCUGAUGGAGAAAGACAAGGACAACAAGCUCUGCUUCAGCAUGGCCUACCUGUCCUCCUUCUUGGGUUUGCACUGCCCUCCUCUUCCUCCUCACCUCUCAUGUUUGCGCAGAGAGGGGCAUCGGCAUCCCGCACUCGUACAAGAUGCGCGUGCUCGGGGAGGUGCAGGACACGCCGAUCGAAUGGGCGCUGGGGAUCAUGCUGCAUGAAGUGAUGGCAACAAGCAUGCAACCGAGCCAUGCGCUCACCACCACGCCAGCCUCCGCUGCCUCAAGGUCAGACACCGCCGCCUCCUCCGUCACCGAGCCGGCUCCCUUCAAGUACCGUGCGCAGCAGGGGCAGGCAGACCUGCAGCGGGCCGUGCAGCAUGGCGUUGCGGUGGAGCGAGCCAAGUACAGCCUGUCGCACGGAGAGUUCGGGCUGGAGCAGCCGACGGAGACGCGGGGGAUGUCAACGAGCACGUUAGCGGGGCUGGCAGUCUUGUUGGGCGUCGGCGGCUUCUUGGCAUGGCGUCGCUCUCGUCCUGGCCGGCUCAAGUCAUACCGAGGAGGGCUCUAGCGACCCGCCUGUGUCGCUCCCCCUGUAACCUCACGCCCUCUCCUAGAAGGUGGUGGACCCAAGUACGUGAUGCGAUCCGACGACAUCGAAGCGCAGAAUAUCGUGUGGGGGGGGAAAGAGCACUAGCGGCGAAGGAGGAGGAGACUUGCCGAGUGCAUACGCGCACAUCUUCAUAUACAUUUUAUUUGAUUAAACCUUUGAAAGUUC